AUGUCUCUAGUCCAACGCAGCAAUAUCUUCGACCCAUUUUCUCUAAACGUAUGGGACCCACUCAAGGAUUUCUCGACCCAAAUUUCCAAAGAGAAUUCUGCUUUUGUUAACACUCAUAUUGAUUGGAAAGAGACCCCAGAAGCUCACGUGUUGAAGGCGGAUCUUCCCGAGCUAAACAAGGAGGAAGUGAAAGUCGAGGUCGAAGAUGACAAUGUGGUUCGGAUUAGUGGAGAGAGGAAGAUAGAGAAGGAAGACAAGAAUGACACGUGGCAUCGUGUCAAGCGCAGCAGUGGCAAGUUUGUGAGGAGUUUCAGGUUGCCGGAGAAUGUGAAGAUGGAUCAGAUCAAGGCUGCUAUGGAGAAUGGGGUUCUCACUGUUACUGUAUUUGAACCAUAG